AUUUAUAUAUUAUUAAAAAUUAAUUAAGGAUUAUUAAUUAAAAAUAUAAUAAAGUUUUUCAAAAUAUAAUAAAAAAAUAUCGAAAAAAAUAUUAAAAAGCAAUUAAACAAAAGAAGAAAGAAAGAAUUACAUAAAUCAAGAAAGUUAUUGAUAUUUACUAGUUUUGUUAUAAAUACUUAAUCAAAUAUGAAUCCAUCACAAAUGAAUAUGAAUCCCAUGGGUAUGCCCUAGAAUAUGAAUUCUGGUAUGAUGCCUUAAGGAGGUUAAAUGAAUUCUUAAGGAAUGAUGCAACAUUAACAUUACUAAAAUAAUGGAUAAAGAAACAUGCAAUAAAAUAAUAUGAAUAAUAGAGGCGGCAACAGAGGAAACGGCGGCUAAAACGGUGGAGGUUACAAAGGUGGAAACUAAAGAGAUAACUAUGGAGGCUAAGGUGGAAAUAGUAGAUUUGGAGGAAACAAUUAAUAUGUUGGAAGUGGCAGUGGAAAGUUUAGCAGCUAGCAUUAAUAAUAAAAGGGAUAAUAAAAUGCACCACCUAUGGUGAGAAGACCCAUUCAACACAAUAACCGUUUAGGACAAGGAGGCAGACCUGGCGGACCAAGCGGAUAACCCCCCAGAAGAGAUAUGCGUGGGCCCAAAAAUGAAGGUUAGGACAAUUAAAGUUAUUAAAAUAAUUAAUAAGGAUUCUAAAAUGGGUCUCGUGGUGGACCCAAGAAACAAAGCAGUGGUGUAUAAAAAAAUAAAAACCACAGCCAUAAAUAAGACAUAAAUAGCAAUAAAUUAAGUGUGACAGCUUUCCAUAAAACCAAAAUGUGUCCUACAGUAGAAGCCGGUCAAUAAUGUAAGAAAGGAGAUAAGUGUGGAUAUGCUCAUACAUAGGUUGAAUUAAGAGAGCCUCCUAACCUUAAAAAAACAAAGCUUUGCUAACUCUUUAAAACAACACGUUGCAACAAGGGAGAUUCAUGUGAUUUUGCACAUGGUACUGAAGAACUUAAAAGUUAUGUUGACCGCUAUAAAACACAAAUUUGCUAGUAAUUUACAUAAAAAGGUUCUUGCUAAAAUGGUGACAAGUGUCACUAUGCUCAUGGAGAACAAGAAAUCAGAUAACCAUAAUUUUCUCAUUAGAGUUAGCCAUAGUAGGUUCCAUAAGGCCAGGUUUAAGGGGGUCAACUAUAACCCUCUCAGGGAGCACAUAUGAGUCUAGCUCAUCAGCAACAAGGCCAACAAGUCGCAGGAACAACAGCAGCAUACUAACAGUAAAUGAAUCCUUCUUAAAUACCUUAUGGUUAUACAGAUUAGAGUGGUUUAUAUGCAAAUAAUACUCAAUAUGUAUAAUAUGCCCAACAAGGCGCAGCUACAACCGCCUAUGGUUAAGCUCAGCCUGUGCAAUAGGGACUUUAUACAUAACCACUCCCUUAAACUUAAGUUUACACUCAAUCCUAUCCUACCUCAACUCUUUAAUAAUACACUUCUUAAUAGCCACCAAUUUAAUACUUUUAGCAGCCUCAACAGUAUUAAAGUUAUGUAUGA